AAUAGUAAAUAUUUAGGGAUGUUAACCGAAAUGCAACCCUAUGGUUAACAUUUCCCUCGCAUUUUUCGUACCGCAUUUUAUGUCAAUUUUGACAUUUCAACAUAAUUCUUUGACAUUACCACGUGAAGUGAAAUACUUCACGAAAUUUUCCGAAGAUAUCAAAGGAUUUCAUCACAAAAUUUAAUUAUAUAGUUUAUAAACUCAUUUACCAUUGGUAAACUUCAUUAUUACUGAGUCAACACUAAAUCCGUAAAGUAACAGUUGAAGUGAAAAAGAGUGAAAUUGAAUAGAUAAUAACCAGAAUGGCAUUACGAGUACAAUUUGAGAACAACGAUGACAUCGGUGUUUUUAGCAAACUAACAAACGCAUAUUGCCUAGUAGCUGUUGGUGGCUCUGAGGCUUUUUACAGUGUGUACGAAAGUGAAUUGGCGGAGACCAUUCCUGUUGUGCAUGCUAGCAUUGGUGGCUGCCGUAUUAUUGGUCGCCUCACAGUAGGUAAUCGCAAUGGAUUACUUGUGCCACAUUCUACUACAGAUGUAGAACUACAGCAUCUGCGUAACACAUUACCAGAUUCGGUGAAAAUACAGCGCGUGGAAGAACGUCUUUCAGCACUGGGAAAUGUAAUCGCCUGCAAUGACUAUGUUGCUCUAGUGCAUCCCGACCUUGACAAAGAAACUGAAGAAAUUAUCGGUGAUGUAUUGAAAGUGGAAGUGUUCAGGCAAACAAUUGCCGAAACCCCGCUCGUAGGUUCAUAUGCCGUGCUCAGUAAUUUGGGUGGUAUGGUACAUCCAAAAACCAGUAUACAAGAUCAAGAUGAAUUAUCAUCACUCUUGCAAGUGCCGUUGGUGGCAGGCACAGUAAAUCGUGGCAGUGAUGUGCUGGCAGCCGGCAUGGUUGUAAACGAUUGGCUAUCAUUUGUGGGUAUGAGUUCAACUGCCACCGAAAUGUUCGUUAUCGAACGCGCGUUCAAACUGAAUCAAUCCGGUCCCGCCGUAUUAGGACGAGCGAAGGAGCGUGCCGCACUCAUUGAAGGGAUGUCUUAAAUUUUGCAUGCUGGAGAUCUUCUACGAAGCUUAUCCGAAAUAAUAUUGAUUAUAACACUUUUUGUAACACUAAAAUAUACGAAAUAAAUUUAUAGUUAGUACAUAAUAUUAA